UGCCAGGGAGGGGCCAAGAGGAGGGGCUCUCUUCCGGGAGCAGGGCAAUUGGUAACCCGGAAGCGGUCGGCAGUGCGGCGCUGUUUAAAGAUGGCGGCGGAGGAGCCUCAGCAGCAGAAGCAGGAGCCGCUGGGCAGCGACUCCGAAGGUGUGAACUGUCUUGCCUAUGAUGAGGCCAUCAUGGCUCAGCAGGACCGAAUUCAGCAAGAGAUCGCUGUGCAGAAUCCUCUGGUCUCGGAGCGGCUGGAGCUCUCGGUCCUGUACAAGGAGUAUGCUGAGGACGACAACAUCUAUCAACAGAAGAUCAAGGACCUCCACAAAAAGUACUCGUACAUCCGCAAGACCAGGCCUGAUGGGAACUGCUUCUAUCGAGCCUUUGGCUUCUCCCACUUGGAGGCGCUGCUGGACGACAGCAAGGAAUUGCAGCGGUUCAAGGCUGUAUCUGCCAAGAGCAAAGAGGACCUGGUGUCCCAGGGCUUCACUGAGUUCACAAUCGAGGACUUCCACAACACGUUCAUGGACCUGAUCGAGCAGGUGGAGAAGCAGAGCUCGGUGGCCGACCUGCUGGCCGCCUUCAACGAGCAGAGCACCUCCGACUACCUGGUGGUCUACCUGCGGUUGCUCACGUCUGGCUACCUGCAGCGCGAGAGCAAGUUCUUCGAGCACUUCAUCGAGGGGGGGCGGACGGUGAAGGAGUUCUGCCAGCAGGAGGUGGAGCCCAUGUGCAAGGAGAGCGACCACAUCCACAUCAUCGCGCUGGCCCAGGCCCUCAACGUCUCCAUCCAGGUGGAGUACAUGGACCGCGGCGAGGGCGGCACCACCAACCCGCACGUCUUCCCCGAGGGCUCCGAGCCCAAGGUGUACCUCCUCUACCGGCCCGGACACUACGACAUCCUCUACAAGUAGGGCCGCCCGCCCCGCCGCCAGGCGCUGGACAUGUACAGAGGUUUUUUGUGGUUGUAAAUGGUCAUAUUUCACUGCCCCUCCCUGUCACACCUCCACGUUCUAUUAAAGGGGAUGCUGGUGUGAGCGCGUGUGCGUGUCCCUGCUCUGCUGCUGCCCGCCUGGCUGCUCCGUGCCUGGCCGCCCCUUCCCUCCCAGCUGGGCUCCUCUGGGCCUUCUGCUGUCCACCGACCUCCCCCCUGGGAAGUUUGGGAGGAGCCCAGCCUCUGGGAGCCCUCCUGCUGCCACCCCCUUCUCCCCAGCUGGCCCAGAGGCUUCCAUGGGAACUUGGACGUUCCCCGAGGACUUGCCCAGGGACCUGGACCACCAGGUUUACAGCUGCUCCCUCCAGGCCCUGCCUCCACCCUGCUGUCCUGGCCAGGGCCCCCCGCCCGCCUUCUGCCUUCCAUCAGGGGUCCCCCUGGGUAGGGAGGGCCUACGUAAUGGUCAGGACCCGUAGGGAAGCUGGGGUGUCCCCAGUGCAUACUCAGGUGCCACAGCCUGGUGGGGAGGGGUGGCCAUCACGCCCAUGUCCAGCUCUAGGCAGGGCUCGCCAGCCCCCUUUCCUCCUGUACCACCCCAAGCCCUCUGCCUGUGCCUGCUUUGCACCCCUUUGCUUGGGGCAUGGGGUCUGUGUUGCCUUCACCUCUUUUCCUCCCUCAGCACAUGUGGGGUCUUGGUCCCCAGGCUGUGAGCUCCUUGGGGGCAGGCCCUCAAUAAAUGUGAAGUGCUGCCCACC